AUGGAUGGAAAAGCCCCAGCUAAGCCCAGAGAACAAAAGGUCACCAACCAGAGGGCAGGAUGGGAAAUGAGCAUCAUCCUCCUACUGUGCCUGCUGCAAGCUGCAAAUGCGUUGAAGGGCCCAAGGCUGGUGUCUGGGAAGCCUGGGGGCACUGUCACCAUCCAGUGCCACUAUACCCUCUCUCCCAGCAACAGGCACCAGAGGAAGUACUGGUGCCGUCUAAACCCCCUGACGGGGCUCUGCCACACCGUUGUGUCCACCAACCACUACACUCACUUUUGCUAUGGUGGCCGUGUGGCUCUAAGAGACUUCCCGCAAGGAGGCUUGUUUGUGGUGAGUCUGUCCCAGCUGUCUCCGGACGAUGUGGGGUCCUACCGCUGUGGCAUCGGAAACAGUAACCACAUGCGGUUCUUCGGCAUGAAGCUGAUCAUCUCUGCAGGUCCUCUCAGCCCUAUCCCCAGAACCACUCCAGCUGCUAGUGAGCUCGUCAGGGGAUCCUUUGGAGCAGCCUCUACAGCAGCCAACAGAUGGACCCCAGGAAAUACCCAGGCUAUAGGAAGGCGGGGCAGAAGAUGCAACAGAGUUGCUCUGACUCCAGGAACCAGCAAAAGAACGACAUCAGCUAAAGAAAUGCAAACCCUGAGAACCCCUGAGGUAGUAGCUACAGGGACAGUUAGCCAGGUAGAGUUUUCCAUCUAUGCAACCAUCCCUAUUCCAGGGAGUUCAGCUGCAACAAUCAGAAUUAUGGCGGAUGCAACAGAAGGCCCUUGGCUGCGGGGUACCAGAAGCUCUGGAGCAACCCGAGCUAGGGCCAGUGAGGAAGGGAGCGAGACAAUGACUGAGGCCGAUAUACCAAGAGAGGAAGCAGAAAGGGUCAGAAUAACCCUAAAUGCAGACUGGACGGCCAUAGGGACCAUUAGGUCAUCAACCCUGGCCUCAGAAAAAUGGGCGUGGGAAACCCUCCAAGAAGCAAGACUGGUUUCUAAGCCACAAGCCCUGGACUCCAUUGAAGGAACUACUCCUGCUGCAGGUUGGACCUGGGGGCCCACGAACACAGAGAUGUCAUCUACUGAGGGAAGCACUGAAGGGGAGCUAGACCUCCCUGCUGGAGACAAUGGUCACCAAAUAACACCAAGCCAGGACCUGGGAGAAGGACCCCAAAUUCCCCCUGGCAAGGGGUCCUCCAUGAAGAGUGCUUGUCGAGAAGAGAAGAACAUCUCUCGGAUCCUGACUCCUGUCUCUACGGUGCUGUUCCCGCUCAUGCUUGGGGCUCUUGUCCUACUGCAAAGGAAACUGCGGAGAAAAAGCGCUUAUCAAGAGACGGAAGAGGCAGCAGGAGUCACCUUGAUUCAGAUAACACAUUUCCUGGAGCUGAGCCUCCAGCCAGACGAGCUGCCCCAUGUGGAAAGGAAGGUAUUCCAGAUUGACAGUCCUCCUGCCCAUGCCACAUGA